AUGACCAGCCUGGUUAACAUCCUCUCGGCUACCAGGGAAAGGCUUCUAUAUCUGAUGUAUGAAAGGGGGUCACCUUUUGGGGUAGACAUGUUGGAUUUGUCUCCUUUUUGCGAUGGACUGCGGGAUCUCGUUGAUGCAUUGAAGCUUGUACAAUCCCAUACACAAACAGAACGACAAUCUGAGAGGAUUUUACAAGUUAAAAGAAGGAUCAGAAGUCUGCUGUUUACAACUGAGAACGAGGUGGAAUUUUAUGGCCUCCAACAUGAAUCUGGAGGAUCUGCACGUGGUCGUGGCGAUCAGAGUACAGCAUCUGGAUACAUGGGCGGAGAAAAGUUGGAAAACAUCCAUAGCCAGCUCAUGGACGCUGUUGUCGACUACGGCAGAGAACAAGCUCCGGAUCUCGGUAUGGGCUAUGAUAAAAUAAAAAGUAUAAAAGUUUCUCGCAUCCCAGAAAAGGCCCAACGGCUGGUUUCUCGAGCUAAUUACUCCAACGACUCGGAACAUACUGUUGGAUUGGAGGAUGCCAUAAGUCGACUGGCAGAAGUUUCAGUCCCUGGAGACACUGAUGCCAAAGUUGUGAUUGCUUCCAUUUGCGGCGCGGGUGGAAUCGGCAAAACAACCCUUGCAAACAAAGUGUACAACCAGCAUCAGAUUCGGGGUCAUUUUGAGUGUUUCGCCUGGGUCUACGUCGGUAUCAACUGGACGAUUAGAGAUAUAUUGGUCAAUAUACUCGACCAGUUGCUUUCCUCGCGACUGACGAAGAAGAACAAAGAGUUGAUGAUGAUGUCGACGGUGGACGUUGAGGACGUGGAGUUGGUUCAACAGGUACACGACGUUCUACAAGAAAAUGUUUGCCUAAUUGUGCUGGACAAUUGUUGUACCUAUGAAUUCUGGGAUAGCCUGCGCAUGGCCUUGCCAACUGGGGAGGAGAAUGCUAGCAGAUUCAUCCUGACCACUCGGCAGAGGGAUUUAGCUGUUCGUGUUGGUGCGGGAUUCAUCUGGGAUAUGCAAAAUCUCGAUCCCGAACGAAGCUGGGAAUUAUUGUCCUAUUGGCGGGACUUAGCGUUAAAGGACGAUCAGCAGGAACUAGGAGAGCAAGGCCCAGAACUGGAACAAAAUAUACGGAGAAUCCCACCAGAAGAUGGUUCAGAUCAGCAGGAACUAGGGGAGCAAGGCCCAGAACUGGAACAAAAUAUACGGAGAAUCCCACCAGAAGAUGGUUCAGAUCAGCAGGAACUAGGAGAGCAAGGCCGAGAACUGGAACAAAAUAUACGGAGCUUAAUCUCAUCAUGCAGGGGCUUACCAUUGGCUAUAAUUUUAGUCGCCAGUAUGUUGAGAAGCAGGACAAUUGAUUUGCAAUCUGUGAAAGUCACCCUUGGCAUAAUAAAUUCUUCUGGAAGAGGUCCCGAAUCUUUAAGUUACUACAGUUUGCCACUUGGUAUAAGCGAGAGUUUUCUUUAUUUGGGAAACUUCCCAAACAAUUCAGGGAUUCAGGUAGACAAAUUGUGCCAGCUUUGGAUUGCCGAAGGUCUGAUAUCAACUAAGUACAGGGAACGCGGAGAAACAAUGAUGGACGUUGCAGUGCGAUAUUUUGGUGAACUGGUGGUAAGGAGCCUGGUAAUUCUGCAUGAAGAUGAAGUCUCAGAUGUAAAACUCAUGUCCUGCCACGUUCAUGAUCUAAUAAGAGAUUUCAGCAUAUCACUUGGAGAAGAGGAGGAAUUUUAUGAGGUCAUGGAAUCUUCCAUUAAUCAUCCACGAAUGAGGUCAUCUGCACAAAGGUGUGCUAUAUAUUUAAAUAGAUAUGACAACUUAGCUGAUGUUUGCCCCUCUGCUAACCUUCGGUCUCUUUUAAUCCUCAACUCUGACGAAUCAGGGCAAGAACAUACAUGGCGACAGGAAUUUUUCAAUUUCAGUAAUCAUAGAUGGCUAAGAGUUCUGGAUUUUGAUAAAGUAUGUUUUCAGGAUGGAAAGCUACCAGACGGAGUGAGCGAGUUAUUCUUCUUGAGAUACUUGAGUUUUCGAGGAAGUUACCUGGAGGAUUUGCCAUCAUUUGUUGGUGAAUUUUUAUACCUGGAAACCCUCGACCUGAGGGUUCGGAAUGAUUGUACAUUGACAAUUUCAAAUGUCAUCUGGAAGCUCAAACGACUAAGACAUCUAUACUUCCCUCUGGCAUUUCAAACUCCUGAUCAUUGUGGUAUGUUAAAACUGGAUGGCUUGAAUGAACUGGAGACACUUGAAGGUUUAGAUACAAAUGUUUGCAGUGCUGAGGACCUCAUAAAGCUGACCAACCUUCGGAGUCUAGCAGCAACUGUGGAAGGGAAGCUGAAGGACUUGGUGCAGAUAAUCAACUGCAUAAACAAUAACUCGAGCCACUUGAGAAGGACAUUGCUUGACAUAAAAAAUUUUGACUGUUACUCUGAAGAGCGGGUGUCAUUCAUUCCAAGUUUGUUCAGCUGUGGUGUACUUAAAUCUUUGAGAAUGGAAGGGCAUAUGGGAAAAGUACCAGAGGUUAGUACAAUCUCUUCCAGCUUUACCGAGAUUGUGUUAAGCGGUUCUGAGUUUGAACGAGAUCCAAUGGAAACACUGGGGAAGCUUCCCAACCUAAGGAUCCUGGUCUUAGAAAUUGAGGCAUUCGUGGGAAAGAAUAUGAAUUGUUCUGCCACAGGUUUUCCUGAGCUCAGGUGUUUAAAACUCUCCAAAUUGUACAGUUUAGAAGCAUGGGAGGUUGCCGAAGGAGCAAUGUGUAAGCUUUUUACUUUGGAAAUUUCCAAGUGCAGGAGAAUGAAAAUGCUUCCCGAGGGGCUAAAGUAUAUCAGUUCUCUCAGAAAGCUGACCAUUAGCAUGAUGCCAGAACAAUUUGUAGGCAGGCUACAUAAGGUAGAUGGAAAAGGUGGAGAGGAUGUUGACAAAAUCAACGCCAACUGUACCAUAAAAUUUGGCAGUGAUGAUCGUUGGCUUUGA